AUGAAGGUUUCUCAAUGGGUCAACCCACCUACCUCCUCCACCACCAUCACCACCACCAACCACUUACCCACCUACCUCCUCCACCACCUCCACCAUCACCAACCACUUACCCACCUACCACCACCACCACCACUUACCCAACUACCUCCACCACUACCACCACCACCACUUACCCACCUACCUCCACCACCACCACAACCACCUACCUCAUCCACCACAACAACCACUUACCCAACUACCUUCACCACCACCACAACCACUUACCCAACUACCUCCAUCACCACCACCACCACCACCACAACCACUUACCCAACUACCUCCAUCACCACCACCACCACCACCACAACCACUUACCCACCUACCUCCACCACCAGUUACCCACCUACCUCCACCACCACCACCACAAACCCACCUACCUCAUCCACCACCACCACAACCACUUACCCACCUACCUCCAUCACCACAACCACUUACCCACCUACCUCCUCCUACACCACCAACCACUUACCCAUGCACCUACCUCCACCACCACCACCACCACCACCACCACCCACUUACUCAUGCACCUACCUCCACCACAACCACCACCAACAACAACCACUUACCCAUGCACCUACCUCCACCACCACCACCAACAACAACCACUUACCCACCUACCUCCUCCACCACCACCACUACCACCAACCACUUACCCACCUACCUCCACCACCACCGCCACCAAGUUCUGGGUUGAACUAUAAAUCUUUUAUGUUUAUUUUUCUUCUUACCAAAUGUCGAAUCCCCCGCCACGGAAAAAGGUUAUGA